AUGCUGCUCGUCAGCGCCCUCUUCGAGCCCGUCCGGCUGGCAGUCCAGCCGCUCGUGGGCGACGCUGUGGGCGGCGUGGGCGGCUGGGCCGGGCUCACCAACAUCGGGGUCCCAGAGGACUGCCGCGGCGCACGCGUCGAAGGGUGGUGCUUCAAGCCGGGCGUGCUCGCGGGCCUCUCGCCCUACGGGCUGGCCUUCGUGCUGGCGUGGACCCUGCCGCCCCUGCUGGCAGCGGCCGCCCGCGCGGCAGCCCCCGCGGAGGAGGACGAGGAGGAGGAGGAGGAGGAGGGGGAGGAGGAGGAGGAGGUUGAGGAGGAGGGGGAGGAAAUGGAAAAUGGCGCUCGACGGCUCGGGCAGCUACUGCGCGCCUGGUCGGCGCUCUCUUGCCUGUGGUUCCUGGUGCCGCUCGCAAGCUUCGCCACCAGCCCGUUCUACCGCACGAGCGUCUGGACGGCAGCCUUGGGCCUCUCGCUGGCGGCGGCCUAUCCCCUGAGCUGGCACCUCGCGCUGGUGGCACUUCCGGUCAGCGAGCUGGUGGUCCCCCACCUGUCCCUGUCUGACCCAGCGGUGAAGAGUUUCCACAAGGCGGUCGGCUGGCGAACGGCUGGGUGGGCCGCGAUGCACGGGGGCCUCGAGCUGCUCUACCUUCUCUCUCGAGGCCUGCCUCGCUAUCUGAACGUGGCGCGCGACUCCGACGACUGGAUCUACGUGCUCGGCUUGGCGAGCCUCGUGCUGGUGGCCCUGCACUCCAUCCUCGCGUGGGUGCGCAAGCAUCAGUGGCUGCGCGCUCACUUCCGCACCAUCCAUCGCCUCACAGCGAUCCUGCUGCUGGUCUGCGCAUCAGCGCACUGGACGCCGUUCGCCCUCCUGCUGCUGCCCGCGGCCGCGGCCCACGGCGGCGGCGCGGUCGUGCGUGCGGCGCGCGCUCGUGGGCUGCAGCUGACGGAGCGCCGCGAGCUGCUCGUGAUGGCCUCCGCACUCGCUGGGGGCCUGGCCGGCCUCUCGGCCGUGUGGGUUGCGCGCGAGCGCGCGCUGAGCCGGCCCGAGGCGGACGCGCGCCUGCAGCUCGUGUUCUCGCCCCUGGCGCUGGCGGCAGAGGCCCUGGGAGGGCUGGGGGGCGCGGCCUUGGCCCUGGCAGUUCCGCCGGUGCGCGGCGCCCCCCCUGCGGGAGACCAGCUGCUGGCCAGCUGCUCUCGGCAGUCCGCUCCGUGA